CAAUGCAAAUACCUCUUUUGUGUGCAGUCACAGCGCCUGUCUGGGAGCUGAGAUGAAUUUUUAAUUAUGUGUGACUGAAACAAACUGUGACAAGGACCUUUUUAAGAACGGAGGAUUACAGAAAAUAAGCUGCAUUUACGCGAAUGCCAGGAAGACAGUGACUGUGGUGGUGCAGCGAGCCAUGAACUCCCAGGAUCUGCCUGCCAAAGAUGCCCCACUUACUGUCAAUGAGCAGGUCAUUGUGAUGUCUGGCCAUGAGACUAUUCGCGUGCUAGAGGUAGAAGUCGAUGCGUCUCAACCAUCAUCAGCAUCCGAUGGGAAGAGUGAAGGCAAAGCUGAGGAGGGAGUGGCUCAGGCGGCAGAGCAACCUGAUGCCAGCAGCACCCAAGACAGUGCCACGGUGCCCCAGAGCAGCGGGGGAGUAGUGCUGGGUGAGCAGCAGGUGGUGUCUGUCGAGGCUCUUGCUCCUGCUGUCCAAACGCUGACCCCCGCUGUUCCCAUCAGCAUGUCCCUGCCCCAGCCACAGACCACCAUGCCCAUCACCGUACAAGGUUGUCCACAGGUGCUGACACAGGAAAGUCUGGCCACUCUGAUGACCGGUAUGAUGGCCCAGGCGGGGUCGCUGGGCCAGCCGCUGCUCAUCCCCCUCAGUAUGGCGGGCUCCAUCGGCGGCCAGGGCGGCUUGGCUGUUCUCACUCUUCCUACCACCAAUGUAGCUACUCUGCCUGGUCUCGCAGCAGCUAAUCCUGCUGGAAACCUCCUCAAACUGCCCUUUGCAGGCCUUCAAGCUGCAACCGUCCUGAACUCGGUCCAGCCGCAGCUACAGACAAAUGCGCAGACGGUGUUUCAGCCUCAAGCAGCCUCCUUACAGCCGGUUCAGGCCGCCCUGCAGCAGGUGACUCCUCAGCCGACACAGGUUACCAACGCACAGGUCACUGCUGCUCAGGUGGCAGCAGGCCAGGCGACUUCUGCCGCCACCACCAGCGUGUCUCAGUCCAACAUUUCUGUGGCAGCUCUUCAGACAGCAGGACUGUCCAUCAACCCAGCUAUUAUCAAUGCUGCUUCUUUAGGAGCGCAGCCUCAUUUCCUCAGUUCUCUCACAUCCACUCCCAUCAUCAGCAGUGCCAUGUCCAGCAUGGCUGGCAUCACCAGCCAGAUCAUCACAAAUGCCCAGGGGCAGGUCAUAGGGACCCUCCCGCUCUUAGUGAACCCGGCCUCUCUGGCUGGAGGGGCUGCGACUCCCACCCUCCCACUCCAGGGUCUUCAGGUGCAGACUGUCGCCCCACAGCUGCUUCUCAACACCCAGGGCCAGAUCAUUGCCACUGUAGGGAAUGGAGCUGCUGCAAUCGCAACUUCUGCCGCAGUUCUGCCUAAAACUGCUGCUGCUCCAACACUUGCCAAACCCAGCACACAGGCUUCGGUAACAGCUGUCACUCAGUCACCAGUUGUCAUUGCUCCUCAGCCGUCUGUCCUGAAGACGGCCACCACGCUCUCCUCCACAGUACCCAUCACCUGUGGAGACAUAGCAAAAGUGGGCCAGCUUGUCAGCAAACCCCAGCAGGCCGUCAGCAGCGAGGAAGGCAUUAAUCUGGAGGAAAUCCGAGAGUUUGCCAAGAAUUUUAAGAUCCGUCGGCUGUCCUUAGGGCUUACUCAGACGCAAGUAGGGCAGGCUCUUACUGCAACGGAGGGUCCGGCCUACAGCCAGUCGGCUAUUUGCAGGUUUGAGAAGCUGGAUAUCACCCCUAAGAGUGCUCAGAAGCUGAAGCCGGUCUUGGAGAAGUGGCUGGCUGAAGCCGAGCACUGGAACCAGAAAGGCCAGCAGAAUCUGAUGGAGUUUGUUGGUGGUGAACCUUCCAAAAAACGGAAACGGCGCACCAGUUUCACUCCGCAGGCUAUAGAAGUCCUCAAUUCUUACUUUGAGAAGAAUGCUCUGCCAACAGGCCAGGAGAUUACGGAGAUCGCAAGGGAGCUAAACUAUGACCGGGAGGUUGUGCGAGUAUGGUUCUGCAACCGGCGACAGACACUGAAAAACACGAGUAAGAUUAACGUCUUCCAGGUUUAGCAACGACCUCACUGUGGGAGAGUUUGCCGCUGAUCUUUUGUCCUUUUGGGAAUUUGAACAUGUAAUGCAGCAGCGCACAUCUGGAUUGUGUUGUAAAGACGACUCCGUUAAGGCUGAAAGAAUAUGAACUUUUUGAGAAAAUUAAGGAAAUGAUGAAAGAGUACGAAAACUGAGUAAUAGUUGUGUAAAUGUGUACACUACUUCUGCGUGGUGCGUACUAAGUCAAACUGCAUGGUCCUCUUAUCAUAGUCAGUGAUAAUAAUACAGUGAUGAUAACAUGUCAUAUUUAAAAGCAUUUGAUGAACUUUUAUACGAGUGGUUUUAUAGGUUCCCCCUCCGACUUAUUUUAAGUGUUUGUGCGUAAAGUCACAUUGAUUUUAGUCACAUGUAUGUCACCCUGACAUUGGCUCGCAUUAUGAUGAUAUUUAAAUAAUAUACUUUGGCCACAGUGGAUAACGUGAAAGCUCUAGCUGCUCAUUUAUUUAAUAUUCACAUAUUAUUUGUCCUGCAUGAGCAGCUCUGCAGACAUAAAUGAGAUUCUGACAGAAAAAUGACCCAUAAUCUUAUUUUCAUUUGAAUUAUUUGUCUGAGGAGCUCCAGAAAUGACUUUGCUCUCCGUGGACUCCUGACUCUGCCACAAGUAUUUUGGGACAAUCAUCACUUUGAUCGUUCUUAAGUGAUAAUCAAUGAAAGAUGAGCUUGAAAUCUGUAGUCAUUUCCUCUCAUUUGGCUCCGGUGUCCAUCGGGGAAAGUCACUUCUGAUGUUCCUCGGACAACAGAGUCUUAUUACAACGAAGUCUUAGCUGGGCCUAUUGUCUGUAGUGCCACAAUUGUAAACUUGUUUUUGAUUUUCAUGAAGCUUGAUUGUGAAUGACUGAUCAUACAGAUACUUAGUGUUUGUGUGAGUGACAUGUGUGAAUUCACCAGUCUGUCUUUGUUUUUACACCGUCUGUUCAAUGUGUUCGUAAUGCUCUGAGAGUGUUUUAUUUUUGCGUUCUGUCUGUUUACUGCUUUGACUGUUCGCUUAAUAGCCUUCUGCUGCAUUUGUCACCUUGAGUUAGACGAAGCGUAUUUGCAAAAUAGGAGCUCGUUUGGCCUGUUGAAGUCAACUUAAUAUGAUGUCAUGUUGCCUGAAACAUUAGUGCCAGAUUUUUUGAAAUACUCAUACCAAGCCUAAAAUCAAUCAAAUUGAUUAAAAACCGUAAUGAACCGUUUAGGAAAGGAAAAGGUGUUAUGAUUUUCAAUCUGAAACAAGUUUGAUGACAGUUUGCAUCUGCAGUAUGAAGGUGUUUUCUGUAAGAACAAUACUGUGUCAGUUUUCUUUAUCUUUGCCAAUAUUUCAAGAAUUCUUUGCACUUUAGUGACAGCAGGGAAAGUGAAAAGGUUAUGAAUGGUUUACGUACGGUCAAGGUUUCAAUUUUUGUUUGUCACAGGAUUUAAUGUUUGUGUUGUGAGAGGCUUUGCAAAAUGUAGCAGUACUGGCAAAAUUGCAAUCAACAACUUGACAAGCAACAUCUAUUAUUAAGAUUAAUUUACUUUUUAAGCAGAUGAAAUGUAAAAUACUACAAAAUAUGAAAGCUAAUAUGCAUUAAUUACAUUUUAUUAAAAUGUCUUUGAGUUUGUGAUUUAUGUGUUGAACGGUGCAUUUUAUGCUCCACCUCAUAUUUGCCUUUUAAAUGACAGUAGGCUUAUAUUGCAGUGGACGUAUACCUAACCGUAGUGUUACAAAGGUCUUGCUUUAACAUGUGUUUACCUUCAUGUUCAAUACGGGAAGACAAUAUAUAAUAUGGUUUAAUAUACUAAGUUAUCCAAUAGAAAAAAAAGAGCUAAAUUAGAUUAAUAAGAUGUAAGCUAUUAUACAUUUGACUCCACAAAGCACAGAAAAGUUCAGGUUUUACUGAGACGAGUGAAAAAGUUGAAUGCUUUUUGUCAUUUUCUGUCAGAUAAAUCAAAUAAACCCUGUCUUUAUUAAUCAA